CCCCAUCUAACUAUAUUAGUGGUCGACGCUUAACGUCACCCCAUCUAACUAUAUUAGUGGUCGACGCUUAACGUCAGAUAACACUGAAUUUGUCCUUCCGUCCGGUUAUUUACCCUGUUAUACAGCGUCAGUUGCCCAGUUGGGGGCAAACUCGGGGAAGAAUAGCAUUUUCCAACAUUGCUUGUAAUUCUCUCGGAGUGAGGAUGGCGCUGAAAAGGAUCCACAAGGAGCUGAAUGAUCUGGCUCGUGACCCUCCAGCACAGUGCUCAGCAGGACCAGUGGGAGAUGACAUGUUUCACUGGCAAGCCACGAUCAUGGGACCUAAUGACAGUCCAUAUCAGGGGGGCGUUUUCUUCCUGACCAUUCAUUUCCCGACAGACUAUCCUUUCAAACCUCCUAAGUUAGCGUUUACCACAAGAAUUUACCACCCCAAUAUUAACAGUAACGGCAGUAUCUGUUUGGAUAUUCUCAGAUCACAGUGGUCGCCGGCUUUAACUAUUUCUAAAGUUCUGCUCUCCAUUUGCUCCCUGUUAUGUGAUCCCAACCCAGACGACCCUCUAGUACCAGAGAUCGCACGCAUCUAUAAAGCAGAUAGUGACAAAUACAGCAGAAUAGCAAGAGAAUGGACGCAGAAAUACGCCAUGUGAUGACUGGUCUGAACGGAUCAUCGGAAGGAGAACGUCGUUGUAGCUGGAGUCAACUUCAAUUGCUUGUUUUCAUUAUUUUGUUCAUUUUGUUAUUGAAUUAGACUCAUUUUGCCCCCAUUUUCACUCCUUCAUUUAUGUGCUAUUAAAAAGAUAGUGUUUGUUGCUCGGACAGUCAACGUGUGUACUAGUUUAAUUUAAGUGCGGGAAAAAACACAACAUUUUAAUGUAAGUCAUUCAUGGGUUCUGAACUCUUCAUGUUGAGCAUGCAACAACAGUAUACGGCCGUGCCGACUGGCCUCUUGGUUAUCAGACUAAACCCCUAGACUGCGUUCUAUCCAUGUUGUUCUGAGGACGUUGAAGACACCUGACCAAACCGGACAGACGUGUCUCUUCAGGAUACACCAACUGGUGUGUGAUGUUGUUGGCUGUGUCUGAAAUGCCAGUCUAUUCCCUAUAUACAUUACUUUUAACCAGAGAUUUUCUAGGGGAAUAUCCCUGUGGAUCCUGUUCUACUAGGGGAAUAUCCCUGUGGAUCCUGUUCUACUAGGGGAAUAUCCCUGUGGAUCCCGGUCUACUAGGGGAAUAUCCUGGUCUACUAGGGGAAUAUCCCUGUGGAUCCCGGUCUACUAGGGGAAUAUCCCUGUGGAUCCCGGUCUACUAGGUGAAUAUCCCUGUGGAUCCCGGUCUACUAGGGGAAUAUCCCUGUGGAUCCCGGUCUACUUGGGGAAUAUCCCUGUGGAUCCCGGUCUACUAGGGGAAUAUCCCUGUGGAUCCCGGUCUACU